AAACGUGUACGAAGGCAACAACAUGGGCGACAAGGAUGCAGUGAGCGGCGACAGCAGCAGCAGCAGCUCUGUUGUUGUGGUGGAUGUGAACCGCGACAACUUUGGCCCGCUGUGGGCGUGCCUGCAUGUGGCCUUGUCGCAGGCGAGCUUUGUGGCGCUGGAUUGCGAGCUGUCUGGGCUGGGCGCGCGCGGAGCGAUGCGGGCGCGAUCCAUCCAGCAGCGGUUCGAGCUCAUGCGGACGACCGCACAGAGCAGGGCCUUGCUCUCCCUCGGUAUCGCGUGCUUCAAGGAGCUGCCACAGGGCCAAGGUUACCAGGUGCAGACCUUCGACAUCCUUCUCAUCUCAACCCGCGAGUACGUGGUUGAGCCCGGCGCCAUUGCCUUCCUGGACCGUCACGGCUUUGACUUCAACAAGCAGGCGCGUUCCGGCCUCCAGUACACGCCAGGCCACCACAAACGACGCAACAGCCAGCGCAGGAAAGCCAGCAAUGGUGCAACAGCAGCAACAGCAGCAACAGCAGCGCGCGGGGGCAAAGGCACACCACCCCCGUCGAUCCACGACCUGUUCCGUGUGCUGGUGACUAGCAAAUGCCCCGUUGUGCUGCACAACGGGCUGCUGGAUCUUGUGUUCCUGUAUGAGGCCAUGUACACGGAGCUGCCGCCACAGCUGGACAUGUUCCUCGCCGACGUGUCAGAGUUGUUGCCGGCCAUCUACGACACAAAGGUGCUGGCGGAGUACGCCGUGCGGGAGGAGGCGUCGUACCUGGAGUACCUGUUCCACCGCUGCCUUGCACAGCGCGGACCCCAGCUGCCGCUCCGCCCAGCGCCGUUUAUGGCAGCGAUGGUGCGACGCGGCACGUGGGUGCGCGAGCUCCCCAUUCGCGUUGUUCCCGAGGAGGAAGAGGGAGAGCAAGAGGAGAGGGAGGGCACGUGCGAUGAUGGAAAUGGUGCUGGUGCAGGUCGCCGUCUGCGGGCCAUCUGCAUGCAGUUUGCGGCGCACGGGCACUGCCGCGCAGGCAAGACAUGUCCGCACUCCCACGAUGUGGUUCGCGUCGUGCAGGAGAAGGUGCUGCAGCCGGCGCCCACAGCAGCAUCGAAGCGACGGCAGCGGCGAAAGCGCGCCAAGCUUGAGCGAGAGGCGAAGCAGCAGGCAGGAGACGGUGGCGAUGAUGAUGAUUAUGAUAAUGAUGAUGAUGAUGAUGAUGAUGAUGAUGAUGGUGAUGGUGGUGGUGAUGGGACAAGCGGUGGCGCCGAAGAGGUGAUGCACACGCCCAGGAAAGGGGAGGAACGAGGCGUCUAUCAUGCGAACAGCAAGGCCCAGGUUGAUGGUCAGCCAGGCAGCGAGCAAGAGACCACCUCUGCAAAGGCAAAGCGAAGCCAUGUGCAGAGCCUCACCAGCACCACUCCCGGCAAUUCCGGCACUCCCAGCAGUAUCAGGAAGGCGGCGAAUGCAACAGGUGGCGGCGGCCAGAGCGGAGGGAGAGACUCGCGUGCGCUGGCCAGCAGCCAGGGCCACCGUGCAGGCUAUGACGCCUUCAUGACCGGGUUUGUGUUUGCGUGUUACAAGCGGCAGUUGAAUGACUCCUCGCUUGCGGAGACACGGAACAAGCUCUAUCUCUCGGGCAAGCCGCGUCCAUUGUGUGUGCACAAGUCCGCAUAUGCCUCCUUCUCGCCAAACCACCUCGACAUCAAGCAGCAGCAGCAGCAGCAGCAGCAGCAGCAGCAGCAGCAGCAGCAGCAGCAGCAGCAGCAGCAGCAGGGGUCUGAAACUGGUGCGAAGAAGGACAGGAGCAAGCCUCAGGCGGGCCCGGUCACAGCAUCAGCAUCAGCAUAGGAUCAUGUGUCAGGGUGUUUGUGGUGCUGGGUCUCACUCCUUCCCUCGCACUGGUCAUUCGUGCUUGGGGUUUGGGUCGAGAACACUGCCUGAUGUGCUAUGCGAGUAUGUGUGUUGUGACGAUUGAUUACACCUUGAAUUGGG